CUCUCUCCCUCCUUUCCUCUCAUCCCUCCUUCUUUCCUUCUUUCCCUCCAUUCUUCCUCUCCAGUAGGCAAAGGGGGUGGAUCUCAGCAGUGGCUCUGCAAAGUCAGGCUCUCAGCCAGACCUCCAGCCAGAGAGAAGAGAAGGAGGCAAGGGAGGACCAGCCAUGCCCCUUUGGCGGCAGCAGCAGCAGCAGCAGCAGCAGGAGAGGAGCCAGGGAUGCAGAUGCCCACAAAGCAAUUGCAUCAAUGAAGAAAGUUGGCGUGUUUUAUAACCAAAAGAACACUAAUUGGGAAAUUGAUUGAAAGGCAAUAAAAAGUUUCCCGUGCUGGUGGAGAAAGAAAGCCUCUUGAGAUGUCUUCUUUUGUAGCUGUUUUCAAACCGAAUCCUUGAUUGGGAAGUCAUACAUAUAUUUGCUAGUGGAUGCUCUCCCUCUGGGGCUCUCAUUAAUGGAACAGGGUCAAUUUCUGUGUUGAUCUGAAAUCUAUUUAAAACAAUUAAACCGCCACAUUUCUGAUGAAAGAGCAUUACCUGCAUGCCAAGGGACAAUUACCAUUGAUGCUCCCAGACAUCAGGCUGAACUCCUUCAACAAAAUAUAUGGAAGGGGAUAAAAGCACUCUGCUGUCAAACUCUUGUUUAUCUGUUUGUAACUAAAAGAGAGAGAGAGAGAGAGAUGAAGAUCAUUUCUUAAGAGCUGGUCUAAUAGAAAAUGUUAUUGUAAAGAACUUCAGAUUGGCUAUCCACACAUUUCAAGGAGCAGGACACUGAUGCCUGUAAUGGCAUAUCAACUCUGCCAAUAUAAAGCAGUUUAACAGGGAUUUCCUUUCCCCAGGUAACACAGGGCACUGCGGUUCUACAAAUUUUGUCGACAGCAUCUUUCCUGAACUGCAGUUCCUAGGAUUCACUGGGAGGAACCAUGAUAGUUAAACUAAAUCUACCUUAAGCUUGUCCUUUUUAAAAAAAACAGCAAAUGUCAGCAAAGGAACAUUGCUUAAUUUCCAGGAAACUAGAGUGCAAGCUCAAAAGAUGGAAGAUAUAGAUAAAGGAAUUCAGAUGGAGAAUUCUCAAAAACCAGAUGCCUCAGAUGCGCCACAGGCUCUUACUGCAAAUCAGAGCCCAGCCAAAAAGGCCUCCAUCUUUUGCUUUAAGAAAAGGAAGAAGUCCUGUGAAAAGGUCAUGGAGAAAGAGGAGGACUGUGGGUCUGAGACACUUACCUUAAAGCCUAUAAACCAGGACUCCAGCAUAGGAAGUAGCAGAGCAGAGGUAUCGAAUUCAUUAUGGACAUCAGGAGGGGCUUGGUUGGCCUUCAAACGCCUUGUGACUUCGAGGAGACGAUCCAAGUCUGCUCUGAAGAAGCAGUCCCAAUCCAGGGAUUCCCGUGUACAGCUGGAGACACAAGUAGAAGAUUCUGGAGUGCUGCGUUGCCCUAAGGAACGCAACGGAUUUAAAAUUCCCUGCCUAAGGUUCUCCAAAAACCGGAAAAUGUCCAGUCACUGUGAAAUAACAGAAGAGCUAGAGAAAGCAAAUGAAAAGACAAGUAUUCUGAAUGACAAAAGUAACUGUGAGGAACCAGAGGUUCUGGCUCUGGAGGGUCCACUGAGUGCUGAACAGUCUUCCAGUGGAGCACUUGAGGAGAAAGAAGGUGACACUGACAUUGUUAAAAACAUGAGUGAGGUGGCCAUCUCCAAUAAGGAGAACGCCUUUGCUAUAGAGAUGGGGUCUGGUCCCGAUUGUUACACAGACUGUGUGGGUCAGUCUGAAAUAAUCCAGUCAGAGAAAGUCCUUGAAACUGAAGAGGAAAAGCAAAUCUUUCAGUUGCAUCAGGGCAGCCUUUAUGGAAACUCAGAAGAAGUAGAAAACAAAAGCUUUGGUUUUGAGGUUGAGAUUGGCCCCCUUGUUCCCCAGGUCUUGCCGGAAACUGACCCCAGCGUCUUCAAAACAGAGGAGGCCAAAGAGGCUGAGUUGGAACUAUUGGGGAAGGAGGUUGAUGCUGUGGCAGAUGGAAAUGGGACCAAGGAAAGGAACUCCAUUGAAGUGAUGCUACACUGCAGCCCGCCUGGAUUGGGAGAGGAGAUGUCAGGUGUGCCCAUUGGUUUUGAUGAGGAGGUAAAAGACAAAGAAAAUAAACCUACUAUGCCAGGAGCAGGCAUCGUGAUCAUGAUCACGGAAGCAGAGGAAUCGCAGGAUGAAGAGGAAUCUGGCCAAGCCUGUGACCUUUUUUCGUUGGCACAAACCAAUAAACAGAAAGGGAAGAAAAAAACGAGCAGAAGUUCAGAAGGUCACAGUCACACAUCUUCCAAGGUUCAGUCACCCUUAAGUGGCAAUGACCAGGAGCACUGGACAUCAGAGCAAUAUGAAGUGCUUCUGAUCGAAACGGCCUCGUCGCUGGUUAAGGCGGCCAUCCAGUCAUCCAUUGAACAGCUUGUGAAUGAAAUGGCUUUGGAGCAAAACAAGCAGAACAGCUUCCUAUGAUCCUGGGCGUUCUUCGGGCAUAGCAGCCAGGUCCUGUGGUCUGGGCAAGCACAACUGCUGCAAGGCACCAGAUUUUGAGUACCAAUAAAACAUCCAAAUUAACUGUUAUUUAAAAUUAUUACAAGGUUAUUGAGGAGAAGGUGUUGCUUGGAUUUUUCUGCAUCUGUUGGCAAAAUUGUUCAGUUCUGGUCCUGCCAGUUAAUCCCGUAUUAACUCCACAGGAAGAACCAUGAAGGCUCCUGAUACAAUUAAACUCAGCAUGAGAAAACAAGAAUGUUCUAAUCCCUGGGAUAUUUUCCGUGUCUGUGAUUAGCCUAAUUUUGCAUGUUGGUAAAAUGAAUGUAUUAUACGUAAAAAUGGGAUGCAAGAAUAGCAAAGGGUGGGGAGCCAUUUGCUGCAUGAUGACAUGGGCUAAUGGCUUGUUCUGGGUGGUACAUGACCAGGUCUCCUUCUGAUCCAUUCAUUUCAUAAACUAGAAUCCAGGGAGUUCAAAUCGCACUGAUCAAUGCCUGAAAUGUCUCAGUAUUAAUUAAAUUACAUUUGAUUUCCAUUCUAUGAUAAAUUUCACCUGCUAAAUUGCUGUGAAUCCAUCUGCUUUUAAAGAUGUGGAGAGCCAGCAGAGGGAGAGAGGGGAAGCGGAAGAGCAGAGCAGAGCUCAUAGUGAAUGAAUGAAUGAAUGAAUGGUUUACUGAAUUAGUUUACAGACCAUGUCAAACAAUACCACAAGGCCAAGUUAAGAUACUGGUCCAGCUCUAUUUCCUUAGCAGGAGUGAGUGGAGCAAUUUCUCCAGUUACUUAUAUGGGAUCAGGAGAAACUGCCUUGCUGGGGGAGGGGGAGCCUUGAGCUGUUGGGGACAACUCAGUUCUUGCAUGAAAAUCUUUCCUGGUUCCUCCACUGCUUUUUUUGACACUGCUGCUUGAUUCCCCACAACCCCCCCCCCCAAUUGCAAAGGAAUGGAGAAAGUGGCUGGCAAUUGGUGAAUGAGAUGCACUUAUGUAAGUCACAGUAGGGAGCCCUGGUGGCGCAGUGGUAAAAUGACAGUACUGCCGCCAUGAUAUUGUGAGUUUGAAAACACAGGGCUCCAGGUUGACUCAGCCUUCCAUCCUUUCGUAGGUCGGUAAAAUGAGUACCCAGCUUAUUGGGGACAAUCGGUUUACAGAUUGUAAAACACUUAGAGUAUGCAGAGUUCACUAUUAAGCAGCAUAGAAAUGUAAAUGCUAUUGCUAUUGCUAUACGUGCAGGGUAUAUCAUUUGCUGUAGCCCAACUGCAUUCAGCUGACAGCAGCAGAAACAGAGUCGCUGUGGUUGUGCAUUGUGCAUUGCACAAUGACACUCAGUCAGUGGCAUGUGCUGCACAAUGUUGGUAUUCUGCUUGGACAUUGCAUAGUGUCGUGCAGCUCAUGUGGGUAUUUACGCUACCCUGAGAGGAUGCCGGAUUGCAGCCAGUGUCUGGCGGGAGUGAAGAACAGGAGGAAAUGGUGGUAGAGUCAUGAUCAGAGUUUGGGAAAGUUACUUGCAAAUGAAUGGUAAAGGGGCAGAGAAGGAGAAAGACUACGAGAGAUUUCAUCCCUACCUAUUUUUCUGCCGUUGCCACAUCCCACCUCACUUGUCCUGGCCUCUUCCUGCUUCUAGCUCUUUAAUUUCUUUUUCAAAAUCCCAAAUCUCCCUGAAAAAGAUGGGGGCUGGACUAUACUGUAUGUCCUGUGGGGUCCCAUCCAGCUAAGAUUCACAAAACAAAAGCAGGCAGCUGUCUUAGCAAAAUCAUCCCCAAAGACUCUUCUCAGUACGUUUCCAGUCAUUUUCUCCAUGGAAAAAUAUUAUUCCUUAGCUGACUGCAAAUAGAAAUACCAGCGGGGGGUGGGGGUGGGGGUUAGAAAAAGAAACUUCUCUUAAAAAUAAAUAAAAAGUGACUUAAUGAACAAGAGCCAUCUGCACACAUACCACCCUCAGCUUUGGGGGCGGGGUGUUCAUUUUUUACAGUUUCCAGAAUCCACCAGCCAGCAUGACUAGUAGUCAUGCUACCUGGAGGAUUCUGGGACCUGUAGACAAAAAACAAAAAAGGAAACUUGCAAAGCUCUGCUAUCCCCUUCCUUGAUCGCAUGAUUCAACUCUCAGGCAUCUUGUGGUACACAGCCAUAUCUGAUGAUUGUACAUGACUACCUCUAGUUCAGGAUCAGUCAGUUUUAUAAGGAAGCCACUGAACCUUGAUGUAAAUUUACAGUGGAUAAUGCCACACUCUAGAAACCACCAAGAAAACUAAUAAAAUGGAGAAUACUGCCAGAGUCAGAGGUAAGUGCUCACCUUUCAGGCAGACAAACAAGCAAACUUGUUUGGAAGCUGGUUGGUUGUGUGUGUGUGUUCUCGAAAGACCCCAUGCAAUGCACAUCUUAUCUAUGGAUCUGCCUUUCAGCCUUCUACACUCCAUGAAAUGGAGAAGGGCUGCAGCUGCAUUGGAGUCAUUUGUGUCACUGGGGGGGGGGGGGGGUAGUAGAAACUAAAAUGUCCAGGGUGCUAUGGACAUGUAAUAUACUGACAGCUAUUAAAAUGACAUUGAAUUUCAAAAGUGUUUCCAGUUUUUAUCAAUGAGACAAUGAAUAGAAUUGUGUAAGUGAUGUACAUCAAUAUCAGCCUCUGAUGAUGCUAGCAUUUGAGGGUUGCAGGAUGCGCUAUGCAGCAGUGGCAUCAAUGACUAUGCUGUCACCCGGUGCGUGAAGGGCAUACAUGUGGCCCCCUGCUCCUCUGUCCUUGGGCUUUCUCCCAGGAAAGAAAACCUAGGGACAGAGCAGCUAGGAAGGAUAUGCAUCACCCCAUCUACCCUGAGGAGGAAGGAAGGCCCAACUGAGUGUCACCCUCCUUCUGGGUGUGGUCUGCACCAUCUGUAUCCUCCAGUGACGCCAUUGGUGUCCAGUACCCCUGGUGCAACAUCCAUUGGUGGGGGAUGGACUUCCUGGGUGCAUCUCUGUCCUCCUUGAAUACUGACUAGCUUUGGGGAAAUGCCCAGGCAUUUACCAGCUACUUUUGCAUAUGUAAGGAGGGAACAGACUUACAUUUGAUGAGUAGGGGCUGGUCUGUCUUCCCUGAGUGAUCUUGUAGCACUUUAGAGACUAUGAGGCUACGCAGACAGGCAAUAAACGCCAGCAUGGGGGCAGAGUGG